AGUUCACAUUGUAAACUGGUAGAAAAGUGUUAGCCUUUAGCACAACGAGAGGUUGAACACAAACACUUUGAAGAUGGCUAGACUUCUACAAACCAGAGUGUUAUUGAAAAAAUCGCUGAACUUGAUAAUCCCCUGUCUCGGGUCGCAAUCAAGGUCGAUACACAAUGAUUCUCUUUUGCCUGAGACUCAUAGAAUGCUGAAGAACUCUCUUACAGAUCUUGUUGACAAUGAAAUUGCACCUUUUGCAAAAAGGACCGAUUCGGAGCAUAGAUACCCUAUAGAAUCGGUAAAGAAGAUGGGUGAAUUUGGAAUUUUUGGCCUCCUUGUCCCCGAAAAAUAUGGUGGUGGAGGUUUAGACACACUUGCUUAUGCUAUAGCUAUGGAGGAAAUAUCUAGAGGAUGUGCAACAUGUGGAGUUAUCGUUUCCGCUCAUAUAUCCCUCUAUCUAUCUCCAAUCUUAGAGUUUGGAACAGAAAAGCAAAUUGAGCGCUAUGUUACGCCCUAUUUAACAGGUGAUCUUAUAGGAUCUUUUUGUCUUAGCGAACCUGAAAACGGUAGCGAUGCUGGAGCCGCUUCCACUACAUCAAAUCUAGAGGGCGAUAACUGGAUUAUUAAUGGCUCGAAAAUGUGGGUAACAAAUGGUAGUUUAAAUGGGGCGUCUGUUGUAAUGGCUACAAGUGAUAAAGCUAAAAAACAUAAAGGUAUUAGUUCAUUCAUUGUUCCGAAACCCUCUAAAGGCGUAACAGUUGGAAAGCCUGAGGAUAAGCUAGGUAUAAGAGGCUCCCCAACUGUCCAGUUAACUUUUGAAAAUGUAGCCAUUCCUAGCGAAAAUUUACUGGGGCAGACAGGAGACGGAUUUAAAAUCGCUAUGAAGACUCUUGACUGUGGUAGGAUAGGUAUUGCUGGUCAAGCUAUUGGAAUUGCUCAAGCAUCGAUUGAUUGUGCAGCAAAAUAUGCAAUGGAGCGAAAAGCUUUCGGUAUUCCUAUUGCACAACUUCAAGCUAUACAAAUUAAACUUGCCGACAUGGAAUGUCGCACUCAAUCAGCAAGACUUUUAGCAUGGCACGCAUCCACUUUAAAAGAUAAAGGUGAAAAUUUUACAAAAGAAGCUGCUAUGGCUAAAUUAUGUGCUUCGGAGGCUGCAACUUUCUGUUCACAUCAGGCCAUCCAAAUUCUUGGUGGAAUGGGCUUUGUAACUGAUAUGCCAGCUGAACGUCAUUAUCGAGACGCAAGAAUAACUGAAAUUUAUGAAGGAACAUCUGAGGUUCAGAGAUUAGUGAUUGCGUCAAAUUUAUUGAAAGAAUAUAGUUUUUUGUAG